AUGGCGCAGUUGUCUGGGAAACGCGCACGGUCAGCUGCUACUGGUGGGUCCGCCUCUCCUCCAUUGACCAUUACCUUCCCCGACCUCACUUCCACCAAUUCGUCCAAGCGUACGCGCUUGCUCAAAUCUUCCACAACGGCUACCCAAAACCCUUCCUACCCUCCCCAGAAGCCCCCAAAAAUGCCGGGCGCAGUCGUUGGAAACGCGACACGGAUCUGGGAGCUCAACGUCCAUUGGGCCCUCUACAGUCAGUGCGGUAUAUGGGAUCCUAGAAGUCGCGGCGUAGAUAUUUGGGAGUGCAUUCGAGAUCAUGAUUCAACUCCUGGAACACAGGAUCCUGACCCACGUCGCCUUCUAGCCUCCGAACGCUGCAUAUUGGAGAUACAUUGCUCGAAGAUAGUCAGGGCGUCGUCGUCGCGUGCCCCCCACUUCCCCGCGGCCGUUCUCACCCCCGACGAGGCUCCUUCGCACCCACCUGCCACCCUCGCUGCAAACGUCAUGCUUCUCAAUGCAAUGCACACCCCCAUUGUCCCCAAUAUCUCGCACGUCAACCGUCCUUCCGACACAUGCAUCAGCAUUUCGUACCGUUAUUUAUGCGCAACCGACGUCAUUCCUCCCUCCUAA